AUGGAGAUGAUGACGACAAAUCUAUCCAAUAUCAUCGAUUCGAGUGGACGUCUAGAUGAAUAUGAUGCGUCACAAGUUCUGAAAUCUAUCGGAGAAGCGCUCAGUUAUUAUCAUUUCAAACAACUGAUUCAUCGAGAUGUAAAGCCAGACAACAUCUUAAUUUCUGGGGAGUCCGUUAAGCUGGGGGAUUUUGGCGUCUCAACUUUCGAACAAGGUCGAACGAUUUGUGACACCAAAGGAUAUAUGGCGCCUGAAAUAAUCACCGACCAGAUGUACUCGUACCAAGUGGACUCGUAUGCUCUCGGUGUCAUCGUGCACCAAAUUCUAACGACUACGAUGCCUUUCAACGAUGAAAAAGACGGAGGGAAAUCGAAAAAGUGGAGAUUUGAAGCAAAUGAAAGUUUUAGUGAGGAUAUCAUGGAAGUGUUGAGCGGACUUCUCGAGGCAAAACCGAGAAAAAGAUGGACAAUGAAACAAGUGCUUGAAUCUACUUGGAUAAAGAAGGAAGAAGAGAAGCUAAUUACAAUCCAAUCAUAUGGAGAUGCUUAA